UGGAAGAGCUGAAGAGCUCAAACCCUGGAAUGUGGUGUAGCUCAAAUAGAGUUAUCAGGGCAGGGCCGAGACAAUGCGGAGAAGAUCUGGGGCUGGGCGAGCUCCAUAUCAGAUCUGUCUCCCCUUCCCUCAUUCAUGCCUUUCAAUCGCUUCUUACCAAAAGAGCAUCGACAACAAUCGUUAUCAACCCCAGUGAACACAUCAUCCACAAAACAAGCCUCCAUUGUCUGGAUAUUGAACUGGACAAUACUUCAAAAUGCCUAUGCACAACGGCUGGCUUCCACGAGAAGGUCUGACAAGUGACCCCAUCGGACGCUUCAUAAAGAAGACUGCACUCAACCCCGCGUUCACGAUCGCGUUCCUCCUCCUCGCACGCUACACCAAGAAAGGAGCCGACCUAGCAAUUCUCCAUGAGACGGCCUACUCUCGAAUCAGAAAGCUCUUCUUCCUCGGGCUCGCACGAUGGGCAUCCAACUAUCUCGACGCGGGUGUCUUGGAUAAUUGGACAACGGAUACGUAUGAUUGGAACAAGGAGAUUGUGCUGAUAACUGGUGGUGCAGGAGGUAUUGGUGGGAAUGUCGUGAAACUGCUGGCGGAGAAGGGUAUCAAGGUUGUAGUGCUGGACGUGAUUCCUAUGACUUUCGAAGCUCCAUCAAACGUGUAUUACUACAAAUGUGACAUCACAUCUCCAGGGAGAAUUGCCUCAGUCGCAGCAGAAGUCCGCAAGGAUGUGGGAGAACCAACCAUUCUCAUCAACAAUGCCGGCGUUGCUCGCGGAAAGAAUAUCCUCGAUGCCACGGAGAAGGAUAUCCGCUUUACAUUCGAGGUCAACACCCUGGCCCACUAUUGGAUGGCAAAGGAAUUCGUCCCCGCCAUGGUGAAGUCGAAUCAUGGCAUGGUCGUGACAGUUGCAUCUUUCGCCGCCUACGUCACAGUUCCCAAUAUGACUGACUACGCCGCGUCGAAAGCCGCGGCACUAUCUUUCCAUGAAGGACUAACGGCCGAGCUGAAGACUCGAUAUGGUGCCCCCAAGGUCCGCACCGUGGUCAUCAACCAGGGCUACACCAAGACGCCUCUUUUCCAAGGCUACAAUAACGACUCUCCAUUCUUGGUGCCGACCCUCGAACCAGAAACUGUUGCUGAAGCCAUCGUGAAGAAAGUCCUCGCUGGACACAGUGGACAGGUCAUUAUCCCUGGGUUUGGUGCGACCCUGACUUUCUUCAGAGGCUUCCCGCACUGGUAUCAAUUGAAAGUGAGGUCCAAGGGAGAGAACAUUAUGACCAAUUGGAAGGGAAGACAAGUCAUUGAUGUUGAGAAGUGGAAUGAAAAGGAUAAUGGGGAGAGCGCCUCGACGGUUCUGGUUCCGCCUGCCCAACAGUGAGCGCUUCUAAGCGGUGCUCAAUUAGUGGUCUGUAUCUUAAAGGCAUAUGUCUAACUUCAUCUCUGAGCUUGUAUGUACUGUACCUAUGAACGUCCACGAUUCAGGUUCCCUGUUUCCAUGCAUCCAUAAACGUGCUGUAUUUGCUCGAUCUACUUUUUGAGCUUUAAAUGAGAUCCGGUUAUCACUCCGAGGCGGCAGUGAAAAGAACGACAUAUGCAGCAUUGCAGAAUAUAUUUCACUAUGUAUAUGUCUGCAUCAGGAACGCAAAACUUGGCCACGGGGUAAUCAUGAGGACUAAGUUUUGGAAUAUCAGGAAGAAUAUCGAUUAACA